AUGGCUUCUCCUUUAGAGGAGGAUCUCUCCUGUCCUAUCUGUCAGGACAUAUUUAAAGAUCCUGUUGUCCUAUCAUGCAGCCACAGCUUCUGUAGAGAAUGUGUGGAGGACUGGUGGGCAGAGAAACAAGAACGUGAGUGUCCAGUUUGUAAGAAGACAGCUUUACCUGAUCCACCUCGUAACCUGGCUUUAAAGAACCUGUGUGAGUCCUUCUUACUGGAGAGAGACCAGAGAGCUUCAGAGACUCUCUGCAGUCUGCACUCUGAGAAACUCAAACUCUUCUGUCUGGACCAUCAGCAGCCGGUGUGUGUCGUCUGCAGAGAUUCAAAAUCACACAACAACCACAGAUUCAAACCCAUCGAUGAAGCUGCAAAAGAUCACAAAGAAGAGCUCAAGAAAACCUUGAAGCCCCUAAAGGAAAAACUGAAGCUCUUUGAAGAAGUUAAAGAAAACUGUGAUCAAACAGCAGAACACAUUAAGGUCCAGGUCCGAUACACAGAGAGGCAGAUUCAGGAUCAGUUUAAGAAGUUUCACCAGUUUCUACAAAAGGAAGAGGAGGCCAGGAUCUCUGCUCUGAGGGAGGAAGAGGAGCAGAAGAGUCAGAAGAUGAAGAAGAAGAUUGAGUUUCUGAGCAGAGAGAUAGCAGCUCUUUCAGACACAGUCAGAGCCACAGAGGACGAGCUGAGAGCUGAAGACGUCUCAUUCCUGCAGAACUACAAGGCUGCAGUGGAAAGAGUCCAGCAGCGCCCCCUGCUGGAGGAUCCACAGCUGCUCUCAGGAGCUCUGAUAGAUGAGGCCAAACACCUGGGCAACCUGACCUACAACAUCUGGAACAAGAUGAAGAAGAUGGUCUCCUACAGUCCUGUGAUUCUGGAUCCAAACACUGCUCAUCCAGUACUCAUCCUGUCUGAAGAUCUGACCAGCGUUGGAGGUGGAGAGAGACAGAAGCUUCCUGUAAACCCAGAGAGGAAUUAUUCCUUUCUCUCUGUCCUGGGCUCUGAGGGGUUUAACUCAGGAACCCACAGCUGGGAUGUUGAGGUUGGAGACAGUCCGGUCUGGGCGGUGGGAGUGUUAUUGGAGUCUUUCCUGAGUGACGUAAACGUGCGUGGAUUAUUCAGAAUCGUGUUCUGCGACGGUGGGUUGACAGUAAACUCCAGUUCCUUUUCUAACACUGUUCUCUCUGUGAAGAAGAAGCUCCAGAGGAUCAGAGUUCAUCUGGACUGGAACAAAGGAAAACUGACCUUCUCUGAUCCUGAUACUGACACACACAUACACACCUUAACACACAAGUUUACUGAGAGGCUGUUUCCGUACUUCAACACUGUAAAUGCACACCCACUGAAGAUAUUAAAAAGACCUGUCAUUGUAGUAUUGUAA